CACUCCCAAGCGGCAUAAUACAAAUGGCACAAACUCAACCGGACCGCGGGCGAGACCCCAGGGUCCUGUCUGCCCCGGCGGCGUUAAUGGCCGGAGAAGAGGACUGGGCGAUAUUUCGGCGCUUCGACGAAUUUAAUUUGCUGAAUCUUUUGAUUUUACAAGACGAGGUCCAGAAGUUGACCACCCAGCUCAAACAACUCUAUCCACAGACCACCGACCAUGCGGACGGAGAUGCCAAAGCCUGGUACAUGCUAGCGCACCCGCUCGCCAGGAACAAUGCUCCUACAACGCAAACCCAGGCGCAAGAGAGUGUGGAAGCUAAACGGAGAGAGGUGUGGAAGGAUUUGAAGGAGAAACUCAAAGAAUACAACGGCGCUCUGCUGGAAAUGGCUCACCUAAGAAACCUGGAGCCGCCAGGCCCCGACCAUAUCAAGCGUCUUAGGAGAGAGCUCGAUACGCUGGCGUCCCAGUCUCUCCUCCCCGAAGAGGCCACCGUGUGCUGGGAGGCAGCUAAUGACGACGAUUUUGUUGUCCUCCGGAGCGGAGUCGACAAUGGCGGUCGGCUCAACACCUGGAUCAGGUUGGGCAUUGAGAUACUCAAGUGGGAGUUGUGGGGAAGACACAAAGCCACCACCGCUACCGUGUCGGACGCGCCGCCGGUCAUUGCGUUAGGGAAGAAGCGACCUCACAUGAGCCGAGCUGAGAUGGCCAGGAAACACGCCUUCGCUUCACGCUUCACCAUGGCUCUCUUUGGCGGCAUUGCCCUCAUCCUACCGACGGUCAUCAUGUCCAAGCUCCAGGGCAUCAAUGUCAGUCUCAUCACCACCUCGAUCGCCGUCUUUCUCUUCGGCCUCGCACUAGCAUUCGGCGCCACAGACAGCACGGGAAAGGAUGUCUUGACCGCAACAGCUGCUUACACGGCCGUUCUGGUUGUGUUUGUGGGCACGAGUCUGGAUACUAGUGGUGGUGAUGGGUCAGCCAACCCGAGUGCUGCAGCGAACUCGACGGUGUAAAUGUAGACACAGGAGCUAGGAUAUAGUUAGGUAGAUAAAACAUCGGCCGUCUUGUAUUCUAAUCACCUCAACAUUUCGUGACGAAAUCGAUCGAGCAGAUCAACAA